AUGGCUAAAUGCUUAGAUUUAUCUCGUAGCAUCGGGUGACGUAGUAAACCAUGAAUGUCGUUUUGCAUUCAAAUCCAAAUAUUUGGAAAUAUGAUUUUCAACAUUUUCUAUUGGGAACACUGACUUCUACUGUGCUUGAUGUUUAAUGAAAGUCCGUGGAAGUACCUAUUUGAAAGGCAUCUAUGUAAUUUCUCGUGUAAUGCAUAAUUUAUAUAUGUGAUACUCGUAGUUGUUCACUGUAGUUUUCUGUCCACAGUGAUCCUUUGUUUGCUUUUGUUGGCGCAACUUACAUGGACCACUUUAUUUUCUGUAUAAAUCAACCAGGGAAGGGACUAGCUCUCUGAGGAAACAACUGGACUCUCAGACAAAGGAGCUUAACCAGAGAAUGCGCCAAAUAGAAGAACUUAGAGAAAAGGAGAGAAUAGCAAAUGAAAAUGUUGAAGGGCUUAUGACUGAUAUUGCUGCAGCUGAAGAAGAAAUAGCAAGAUGGAAAGUAGCAGCCGAACAGGAGGCUUAACCUCACAGCUGCAUGUGCUUAAAGAAGAACUUGAAGAGGCAAAGCCAGCGAUUAAAGAAUCAGGGAAGAAACUGAAGUUUAAGGAAGAGACGGCAGCAGCAGCCAUGGGAAAGAAUACAAGAGCUAAGCAGUAAAGUUGAAGAGUUAGAAGAAACCCAUCGAGAUAUGAAUAAUAGUUCAAACAGAGCUAGUAGAUAUGUGUGCUGGCCAUGGCAACUUCUUGGAAUUGAUUUCGUGGGGGGUCGAAGAGUUGAGUCGGAACAACAACAACAACCAGAGUUCCAACGAGAUGGAACUCGCUGAACCUCUACUACGACGAGAACCGCAAGAGUGUGAUAGGCUGAUGCCUUGCAAGGUAUAUGACAUGGAUCAAGAGAAUGCCAUUUUUGUUGUAGCCACGAUCUUUACGUAGCAAUCCGAGAGAGUUGAGUCUCCACGUGUCAGUUGUGAGUUCACCUCGGGAGAACAAGGAGCUCUCCACAAUUCACCAUCUGGCUGGCUGUUUGCAACACGUGUCAGAGACACAGCAACCACAGAAACAUAACACAAAAACAGAGAGACAUUUUCCGAAUUUAUUACCUUGUAAAAGACGAAAACCCCACCUGUCAAGUCACCACCACAAUCAUUGAGAGGUGAUGAGUCUCUCACCCCAACCUCUCUGGUGGUGACACGUGGUUAGACCACCGCUAGUAAAAAAAAAACCGCCCACCGGAAGAUGAGUGGCGGUAAUCCUUCCUCUCUCUCUCUAUUUCUUCUCUCCCUUCGAAGAUUUUCAAACUCUCAAACUUUUAACUCACGCUUCACAAUCUCUGUGGAUACCAUACAAUAACAAGAAGCUACAAGAAAUGGGUCUUUCGCAAUUUCCGACAGCGUCAGAAGGAGUGUUGCCGCUUCUGGUAAUGAACACGGUUGUUUCAGUUACUCUGCUCAAGAACAUGGUGAUGUCUGUUUUCCGAAUUGUUGGAUCCGAUACUGAAGACUCCAUGGAGAUAGAGGAGCGUGAAGAGGAUUGCGUGAUGAGGAGGAGGAGAAGAAGAAUCUCGAUAACGCAGUUCAAGUCUUUGUGUGAGAACAGAGGAGGAGAAGAAAAUGAAGAUGAAGAAGAAGAGGAAGGAGUAGAGUGUUGUGUGUGUCUUUGUGGGUUUAAAGAGGAAGAGGAAGUGAGUGAACUGGUUUCUUGCAAGCAUUUCUUCCACAGAGCUUGUUUAGACAACUGGUUUGGUAAUGAUCACACAACCUGUCCUCUUUGCAGAUCCAUUCUCUAGUGGUGGUGGAACUAUCUUGUUUAACACUUCCCUUUUUUAUUUUGCUUUUGUUAUGAAAACACCAUAACAUUCUAUAUCCUCUGUUUUGUACCCUUUUUCUGCUCCGUCCUAUGUUUUUUACCCGUUUGGUGUUUAUGUUUUUCUCCUUUAAGGGGUUUUUUCAUAAUAAUAAAGGACUUGAAUUGCUGUGUUUU